CACACGCCUCACUAUCUCACAUCAGCCAUGGCGAUUCACAGAAGAAACCCUAGUAAUCUUCUGUUGCUAGCCAUCGCACUCUCCCUCCUCGCGAUCGUCUCCGCUAAAGUGUUUUUCGAAGAGCGUUUCGAAGAUGGAUGGGAGAGUAGAUGGGUUAAAUCGGAGUGGAAGAAAGAGGAUAACAUUGCCGGGGAGUGGAACUACACUUCUGGUAAAUGGAAUGGAGACCCUAGUGAUAAAGGUAUCCAGACAAGUGAAGACUACAGAUUCUAUGCUAUAUCAGCUGAAUUCCCUGAAUUCAGCAACAAAGAUAGCACUUUGGUUUUCCAAUUUUCUGUCAAGCAUGAACAGAAGCUUGAUUGUGGUGGUGGCUACAUGAAAUUGCUCAGUGGUGAUAUUGAUCAAAAGAAAUUCGGUGGUGAUACACCGUACAGCAUCAUGUUUGGACCAGAUAUUUGUGGAUACAGCACCAAGAAAGUCCAUGCUAUUCUUACAUACAAUGGGACAAAUCAAUUGAUAAAAAAGGAUGUACCUUGUGAGACUGACCAGCUGACUCAUGUUUAUACAUUCAUCCUCCGCCCUGAUGCUACCUACACCAUCCUCAUUGACAAUGUGGAGAAGCAGUCUGGUAGCUUGUACUCCGACUGGGAUCUUCUUCCACCCAAACAAAUCAAGGACCCCGAAGCUAAGAAACCUGAAGAUUGGGAUGAAAAAGAAUACAUCCCUGAUCCUGAAGAUAAGAAGCCAGAGGGUUAUGAUGACAUCCCGAAGGAGAUUCCAGACACUGAUGCAAAGAAGCCAGAAGACUGGGAUGAUGAGGAGGAUGGUGAGUGGACUCCCCCAACCAUUGCAAACCCUGAGUACAAGGGUCCAUGGAAGGCUAAGAAAAUUAAGAACCCCAACUACAAGGGAAAGUGGAAGGCAUCUAUGAUUGACAACCCAGAUUUCAAAGAUGACCCAGAUCUCUAUGUUUUCCCCAAUUUGAAGUAUGUAGGCAUUGAAUUGUGGCAGGUGAAAUCUGGAACCCUGUUUGACAAUGUCUUGCUUUGUGAUGAUCCUGAAUAUGCCAAGAAGCUGGCUGAAGAAACAUGGGGCAAGCAAAAGGAUGCUGAGAAGGCGGCAUUCGAUGAGGCUGAAAAGAAAAUAGAGGAGGAGGAGUCGAAGGAUGAUCCAAUCGACUCUGAUGCUGAGGAUGAGGAUGAUGCAGAAGGGGACGACGAUGAUUCAGGUGAAUCCACGAAGGAAGAUGAUGCUGACACCAAGGAUGUGAAAGAUGAACUGUAGGGAAUGAGCACUGUGAUGUUUUGACAAUUUGGUGUUGAGAGAGGCUCGGGCAGCAAUUAUGUGCUCAAAAUACACUGCUUCUUUUCCUAUUUCAUAGCUGUAACUUUUGUCUUUUAGGGAAAAACAGUUGGAGGCUGCAUGCAACAUUGUGUGGCGGAUUGCUUUAAUAGCAUUAACCAUUUGAGUCUUUAGAACUAAAGAGGGACAUAUCUUGUUUCGUCCAGAUUUAUGAAAUAAUUUGAAGUUUUUAUCUCUUGUGAAAUCGCCACAAGUGUUUACUGAUUUACUCCUAAUAACAUGUCGUCCUGGAUAGUGGGUGCAUGUUUUUAGGCAUACUGAUAGCCAAUCGGAUCGGUGAUUAUUCUUCAAAUUUAAGAGUAAAUGCUCGUCUGAUUGGCAAGUACAAACGUUUGCUCUUGAUCCUACUUUUUUGUAGUACCAUUACCAAUAAAAGCAUUUUACUUUUUCUAGCUACUACUGCUAUAAAUAUUCUGGUGAACAUUUGUUGUGCGCGAAUCAUGUUAAAGCAAGUCGGCGCAGAUUUGUUAAAAAAACACAGCCCCCUUGAGAAUGUGCCAUCGGAUGGAAAAUCAGGUAGUGUAAUAGAGGGA